UAAUAAGAAAAUCCUACUAUAUUAUUCCUAAUAGAAAAUGAAUAUGGAUUACCUUAUUUAAUAAGAGAUUAAUUACAACAAGAAAUAAAAAAAGCUAACAUAAUUUUUACUUCAUUUUAGUAAAUAAUAAAUUAAAACUAAUAUAACAACUCUUAAAAAGAAUUAUCUUAGUUAUGUGAAAAACUAAUUUCUACAGAGAGAUUUUAUGAUGAACAAAUGCGUAACUUUAUAAUAGAAUAACGAAAAAUACACGACCAUUAAAUAAAUAUUAAUACUAUCCAUAAAUACUAAUGGCAGAAAUUUAUAAAAUAAACUAUAAUUUAAUUUUAUUUUGAUGAAAUUACUAAAAAAUAUAAAAAUUAGGAUAUACAUGUAGUACUUUUUAUGAGCCCAAAUCCUCUUGAAGAAUACAAAUUUAAAGAAUAUAAAUAAUUAUUUAAAUUAAAUAAUUCACGUUCAAAAAUAUAUUGGGUUCCUAAUAAUAAAUUCGAAGUUUAAUCUUAUUUAAAUUUUGCUGUAGAAAUACAAAAUAAACUAUGUACAGACAAGCAAGAGCAUAUUUUAUGUUUUUAUGAAAAUUAUCUUUUUGAUGAAAAAUAUGAGCCAACUUAUGAAUAUGCUAAUUUUAUAACUUCCCAAAUAAUUCAAGAAAUGUAUUUUUCAUAUGAAAUAGAAUUAGAGAAGUAAUUUUAUGAAUUUCCUUGGUCAGAUAAACCUUCUUCUGUAAUAAAAUAAAGGGAUUAUGUGAUUUCUUAUGAGGAUUAUGGGGAAGAAGUAGCUGCCAAAUUUAAUAAAUAAUUAAAAAUUUUAAAAAUUAAUUAUUUCGAUAUAUAAGAAUAAAUUGAAAUGUUCGCAAAUUGGGUUACUUAAAUGAGAAUUUAAUAUAUUUUAAAAUAAAUAAAUGAAAUCGAAGUGGAAUCAGCAAUUAUUUUCUUCUAAAAUUUCCGAGAUUACAAUAAAGAGCUUUUAAAAACUGAUCAAUUACCUAUAGAUGUUCCUAUACAUAAAAUGUCGGUAAGGUAACGUUUUAUAGCUUAAUAGGCCGAAAAUUAUUAUUUUAAGCUAUCUCUUUAUAUAAAAGGGUUAAAAGAUUUGAUUUAAAAAGAUACAAUAGAUGAUCUAACACCUGAAGAAGCCCUCUAUAGAGAAAGAAUAGGAACCGAGAUAGGCAAAUACCAUUAAAGAGCUUUAAAAAUGAAAGGGAUAGGGAAAGAUCAAUUCCAGUAAAUGAAACAAGAAUUCAUUUCUGUCCUAAAUGAAAUUUAAGGGGAUUUAAAAUCAAAAAAAUCAGAGUAAAAUCCUUCCGUUUUUUCACUUGAAAAUUAACUUGAUAUUUUUUUACAGGAAGACUUAAUAAACGCAUUAAACGAAAUUUAAUCUUAAUAUUAAAUAGUUUAAGCUUUUCCUAUUAUAGGUUUAGGAGUUGAGUUAAAAAGGACUAAUGGAUCUAUGAUUAAUCCUUAUCUUGUAAAAAUUGAAAAUAUUGCAAAAAUAAAUGCAACAGUAGAUACAGUUUCUAUAUAAAUGGCUGAUAAUAAGACUCUGAGGUUGAACGCAGGAUAUUAUAUGGGAAUGGGAGUCGGUAAUAAAUAAGAAUAAAUAUAGUUUUAUGGAUUUAAGGAAUAAAAGUGGACUUAAUAUUAACCAAGUAAACAAAUUCUAAAAGAUUAUUAAUAAUAGGAAUCUUUUUACUACAAAAAUGAAUAAUUAGUCGAGAUUAUUAAUGCUGUUUUGCCUUUGUUUGGAGAAUAAGACUUUUUCAUGAAAAAAUUGGUAAAAACAAGGCUUUUUAAUUUACUUAUUAGUUUCAAUGUAAUGAAAAACGUGGACACUUUUUUUAAUGAGGCCUAUUUGUCUUUAUUGGCGAAUGCUUUUGUGUAUUUUUUGAAUUAAGAUUUGGAAUAAUAGUGGGUUCAAGAGUAUAUUCAAAAGAUUUUUUUCACAACAAAAAUAGUAUACGAAGAUAGACCUUUCUUUUAGAAAUUUUGCAGUAGAUUGAUUGAAUAACCAAGAAGUGCUAUGGUGACUUAUAAAGAAGGACAUGAUACUUAAUGUUAGGAUCCUAUUAAAGGUAUCUUAGUGCUAUUUUAUUUAGUUAAGAAUGGAUAAAUAGAUAAUACUUAAGGUAAAAUAAGGGAAGUUUUAGAGAGUAUUUUAUAGGAAAUAAUCAAUAGAGGAUUUGAUUAUGGCAAAAAAUUAACUGAAUUUUUCGGAAUAGUGGGUUAUGAUAACAAUACUUUUAGUUAAAUAAAAGAUAAAAUUUUAGAAAAUGAAAUCGGAGAAAUAUUUUAGUUCGAAAAUGUGAAUUAAAUUGAAAAGAAAGUCAAAAAUAUACUCGAAAACGGUAAUUUUUUCGACUUUUUGAAAAACUCAAAAAUAUUUAUUUAUAAAUAAUCUUUUUCAUUUAUGAAUUUCGGAAAAUUAAACUUCUACACAACAAUGAAAAAUGUAUGUAAAUAUUUUGUUCCUGAAGAAAAAUUUAGUGAAGCUUUAUUGUGGAUUUGGCUUUAUCAUGCGAAAAAAUACACUACAAGUUAUGAAAGAAACACUGCCCCUAUUUAAAAUAAAAUAUAAGUUGUAUAUAGGGCUAUUAAAAAUUUAAAAAUAAAUUCUUUUACAUAAGAAUAGUAAGAUAUCAUUUUAAUUGAUUUAAUGAAAAUUCUUAAAAAUAAAUAUUUGGAAUUUAUGCGUCCACUUCAUUUUUAUAUUAAACCGGCGACAGUUGAAUAAUUUGCUAAUUUAGAAUUUAAGCCUUCUUUUAAUAAUGUCUCUAAUUUAACUUUGAAUGCAUGUUUGGCAGUAAAUUGCCCAUUUUAUAUGAAAAAAAUGAAAGGAUUGAAUAAACAUAUUUAAGAUUGUGGAGCUAGUGUCCCUGCGUUUAACAAAUCUAUCAAAAAUAUGAAACAUAAAGAACCAGAAGCGAUUUUUAAUACUGUUUGUAGAGCUAGGUUUUUGGAUUAUGACGAAGUAGAAAAACAAAGAAUAUUUUUUAAUAAUUAAAGAAUUUAGUAUAUCCUUUAGAAAUACAAAGACUAAUUUAUUGAUGUUAUUAAAUAAUUAUAAAUUGAUUAUAUUAAAAUUAAUUGA